AUGGUCUCAAAACGUGUUAUAAAAGAAUUGAAAGCUAUUGAAGAUGCUUCAGGAUGUUAUAGUGCUACUAUAGUUAAUGAUGAUAUAUUUCAUUGGGAAGCAUCAAUCAUUGGUCCUGAUGAUAGUCCAUAUGAAGGUGGAGCUUUUCGUCUGGAUAUUAGAAUUCCAUCUGAUUUUCCAAUUCAUCCUCCACGAAUUCGAUUUAAAACAAAAAUUUAUCAUCCAAAUAUCCAUUUUACUGGUGCUAUCUGUAUUGAUAUUUUACAAUCUCAAUGGAAUUCUACAUGGUCAAUAGAACAAAUUUUAUUAGCUAUUAUUUCAUUAUUAACUGAUGCUAAUCCUGAUGAUCCAUAUAAUGCACGUGCUGCAUUAUAUUAUCGAGAAGAUCGAGAAAAAUUCAAUGAAAUUGCACGAUAUUGGACAAAAAAAUAUUCAAUAUAA